UGUGACCCAGCCCGAUUCGAAAUGCUUGGGUUGGAUAUGGAUGAAUUUGCAUAUUGUGAUAAAUCUCUCCCAUAUCAUGUCAGGGCCAAGGACUUGCUGGAUCGUAUGACCUUGGUUGAGAAGGCCGACCAAAUGGGACACGGCACCAGUGUUGGUAUCCCAAGGAUUGGAUUACCACCAUACAAUUGGUGGUCCGAGGCACUACAUGGCGUCUCUAAUACUGGACCCGGCACUCACUUUGACUCGGUUGUUCCUGGUGCAACAAGUUUUCCAACUGUCAUUCUCACCGCCGCAGCCUUCAAUCAGACACUUUGGAAAACUAUUGGCAAGGUUGUUUCAACCGAAGCAAGAGCAAUGUAUAAUCUAGGACGAGCAGGAUUAACAUUUUGGAGUCCUAACAUCAAUGUAGUGAGAGAUCCUAGAUGGGGAAGAACUCUGGAGACACCAGGCGAAGAUCCUUUCGUUGUUGGACUGUAUGCAGUUAACUAUGUAAGAGGGUUGCAAGAUAUUGAAGGACAAGACAACACUAGUGAUCCUAAUUCUAGACCUCUCAAAGUUUCUGCAUGCUGUAAGCAUUUCGCUGCUUAUGAUGUUGAAAAUUAUCUUGGUCUCGACCGACUCCAUUUUAAUGCAAAGGUGGCUGAACAAGAUAUGAUGGAGACUUUUAAUUUACCCUUUGAGAUGUGUGUCAAAGAUGGUGAUGUUAGCAGUGUUAUGUGCUCUUAUAAUCGUGUCAAUAACAUUCCAACUUGUGCUGAUUCUUAUCUUUUGAAAAAAUUAGUUAGAGAAGACUGGAAUUUACAUGGGUAUAUAGUAUCAGACUGUGAUUCUAUUGCAGAAAUCGUGAAAAGUCAUAAAUGGCUUGAUGACUCAUGGGAAGAUGCUACAGCUCAUGUGCUAAAAGCAGGUAUGGAUUUGGAUUGUGGAGAUUCCUACAAGUAUCUUCCAAGCGCAGUGAGUCAAGGAAAAGUUGGAGAGGCUGAUAUGGAUAAGUCACUCAACUACCUUUAUGUAGUACUCAUGAGACUAGGGUUUUUUGAUGGAAUUCCGGCGUUGGCAUCACUUGGCAAAAAGGACAUAUGUUCAGAAGAAAAUAUUGAAUUGGCAGCUGAAGCAGCUCGACAAGGGAUUGUGCUUCUUAAGAAUGAUAAUGAAACUUUGCCAUUAGACGCUACAGAGAUUAAUAACCUAGCACUCAUCGGGCCACAUGCCAAUGCGACUGAUGCAAUGAUUGGGAAUUAUGCAGGUAUUCCAUGCAAAAUCAUUUCUCCACUUGAGGGUUUUUCUGCAAUUGGAGAAGAGGGUGUUUCUGGAUUUGCAGGAGUGAAUUAUCAAAUGGGAUGUGCUGAAAUGAAAUGCCAGAACGAUAGCAUGAUAAACUCUGCCGUCCAAGCCGCAAAAAAGGCGGAUGCUACUUUACUUUUUGUAGGGUUAGAUUUGUCUAUUGAGGCUGAAUGGGUUGAUAAAGAAGAUCUUCUCCUUCCUGGUUAUCAAACUCAGCUAGUCACUGAAGUUGCUGAAGCUUCCAAAGGUCCAGUUAUUCUUGUCAUCAUGUCUGCCACUGCAGUAGAUAUUUCCUUUGCUAAAAUCAACCCCAAAAUAAAAUCCAUUUUAUGGGCUGGAUAUCCUGGUGAACAAGGUGGUCGUGCUAUUGCUGAUGUUGUUUUCGGAAACUACAAUCCUGGAGGAAGAUUGCCACUCACAUGGUACGAGGCUAGCUAUGUUGAUAAUCUGCCAAUGACAUCCAUGGCUUUAAGGCCAGUUGGUGACUAUCCUGGAAGAACGUACAAGUUCUUCAAUGGCUCAACAGUAUAUCCUUUUGGUUAUGGAUUAAGUUAUACAAACUUCACAUACGAGCGUAAAUCUGAAGAAAUGUCUAUCGAUAUAAAAUUGAACAGACUUCAACAUUGUCACAACUUAACUUAUUUGGAUGAAAAUUAUCAACAAGAUUGUCCUUCAGUUUCAAUUGCUGAUUUACCGUGUGAGGAUGAAAUUGCGUUUGACAUCACGGUACAAAAUGCGGGGCAAAGGGAUGGAAGUGAUGUUCUUAUGGUGUACUCAAUUCCACCGAAAGAAAUCAAUGGAACUCAUAUCAAGCAACUGGUCGGAUUUGAAAGGGUUUAUUUAAAAGCAAAAGAGAGCAAGAAGGUGAACUUUGGGCUUAAUGCUUGUCAAAGCUUGAACAUUGUUGAUGUGUCAGGUUAUAGGCUUUUGGCAUCUGGUUUGCAUAAAAUUGUGGUGGGAGAUACUGCACUACAAAUUCCAGUGCAAGUCAAUUAUAACCGGUAGAAAUUUAAUUUGGAGUUGUGAAAAUGUAGGAUUUGAUAGUUAUGUUAUUGAUUUAGUAGGACUUGAUGACUUGUUUUGUUAAGUUAGGUUGGACUAGAUUAGGCAAAGGGUAAAUGUAAAAACAUGCUCUUUGUUGAAAUAAUAA